CGCCCCUCCCCGCCUGCUGAUCAGCGCUGCGCUCUGCCUGUUGCAGGAUUGAUCUCAGUGUGAGGACUGAUCAGGGAUCGAUCAUAGAGGAUCACAUCGCCGCCGCUCAGCAUUGGGGUUAUAAGCCGCCCCUGGACGCCGAGAGCCGACACACUGGAGCUGCAGUGAUGUGCCAUUAUAUGUUCGCCUCUGCUUGGAAACGUCUACCCUAAGUGACACCUGAAAUGUACAGAUGUGGAGCAUGUGACCUUGCGAACAAUAAAGUGGCUGCUUCCCAAAACUCUGCUGCCCGAGACUAAUGCUCAGUGGUUCUUCGGAGACCAAGGAGUGGACUGGGCUAGAUUCUUGCACCUCAACCGGCCUCCUUUGAGACUGUCUGUCUGCAAGACGAUCGUUCUUGUAUUCUACGUACACUGCUAUUGAUUUCUGGAACUCAAAAUGAUUGAUCUCAGCUUUUUAACGGAAGCCGAGCAGGAGGCGAUCCUGAAAGUCCUCAACAGAGAUGCUGAGCUGAAGAAGUCGGAGGAUCAACGUGUAAAGAACCUGCAUGAUGUAGUGCACGAUGAUAACGAGUUUAAAUACAAAAGUGGACAAUGGUUUUACGAUGCAAAAUCAAAACGUCAUAGAGAGAAAAUUCAUGGUGUCGACCUGGUCAGAGCAUCAAUUAGGAAAAGGAAAAAACCAGCAACAAUAGCUGAGCUAGGUGAGCUCAAUAAGGAGAGUUCAAAGAGACGCUGGGUAAACGGUGUCAACCAAGACCUUUUUAUUCCUCCAGAGUUGUUUGGAGUCAUGGAAGCACCAGAUGAAGCUGAGGAAGAUAUAAUGGUUAAAAAACAGGAGGGGAAUCAAAGUUCCAAAAAAGUUGGCUUCACAUCCGAAAAAGAACAAGAGAACUUGAGGAACGGAAUUUUUUCCCCUCCAAAGGCAAGACAAAAUCCAUUCAAUUCUGAAGGCUUACAAGAUGAUACAGACUACAAUAAUGAAGCUCCAAGCCUGAAUCCUAAAAAUGUUCAAAUGAACGGGACUGAAAAGCCUAAAACUGACAUCAUGUCGUCCUUAGCUAAAUACGGUGUGAAAUUACCUUAUCCAGAGCUAUCCAAAAGCAAGCUGAACACACCAAAGGCUCAGGAUGGCAAUAAUUCACAAAAGGAAGACGUGCCGAUUCCAGUGCCGAAGCCGAGAACUUUUAAAGUGAAUGGUCAGCCGCAGGAUCGCUCGAACUCAACGCUUAAGAGAGAUGACUCUUUAAAUGAUGAGGAGCCUCUCUAUGCAGUUGUGAAUAAGACUCCAGCAGCCUCCUCUCCAAGUCAAGCACAAGACUUUGAUAUGGACGAUGCCCUCAUGGAGCCAAGGUUUCAUGGCCAAAGAGGGAAGACUCAAAAUAUUUACCUAAAUGAGAAGCCGCUGGUGUUUGGAAAAAGCUUUAGUGGAGAAGGGAAAGUAACCUUGGAGUCCAGCUAUCCUAGUAAGAAGCAUAGAGAAAGCUACAGCCUUUCCAGUGAAGAAGAACUGUCUCCAGAAAAAGCCAGAAUUUCCAAAACCUCCCCCGGUCACAUGGUAAAUAAGCCAGUGGCUAUUACCCAAGACGCUGAUGAUCCUGUUGAAUCUGUUGCACUCUGGAGACAACCUUUUAAGUUGGAGAGCCAAGAACCAAGACAGCCUUCUCCUGAAUUGAGAAAAGAGCAGAAAACUGAUGUUAAAGCUAAAGACUCAUUUGGUAAAACCUAUUUAGAAAAUCCACCUACUUCUAAAAUUGCCUUUGGAGAAAAUGGCAAGGAGGCAGAAUAUAAGUCUAUAGUUCUCCAAAAUAGGUAUGAUGCUAAACGUAAGCCACUUGGAUUAACCGCUAACUUAGUCCAAAAUGUAUUAGAACCUUCUAAAACUAGUGGUCAGCCAGAUUAUUUGCUUCAUAAAAAUAAAGACAGAAAAGACUUGCCCAGAUCAUCACAUUUUAAUGUGAUGUCUUUGAAAGAUAGAAUGAAUGAAAUGCCAAGGGAACAGAUGUCGAACCCUUCCCAGUUUCAGAGCGUAAAGCAUUUCUGGAAUGUAGAGGAGAAAAAUCUGCCCCGAGAAACAACCGUUACAUCACCAGAUAAAAUCCUUAUGCAUGUCUCAAGCAGAAAUAAGCCUACUAAACCUGAUCUAAGACGAAGCUCAGAGAUGCCAACAGAUAAAGUCCUACUCCCGAACACACCAGACAACCUUUCAGAAGUGGAGCAGACUUCUCAGAAAGUAGCUUCGUGGUUAGCACAAACACCGACUGUUUAUGUGGAUAACCAGAUGGAUCAGAAUGAAGAUCAGUUAUCUUCUGGGAAGAAAAUUUUAGAGCAAGGCCAAAAGUCAGCAAUACCUAAAAAAUCGGAUGAUUUUACAAACGCUCGUCAAAAACUCAGAGAAGAGGUUUUGGAAACCCCUAAGAUAACAGAAACUGAAAAAUCCAAGACAGAUGAAAUUCAAAUGAUGUCACAGGGGGAGCCUGACUUGGGGUACCACAAGCAAACCACCAUAACAUUUUCUCCUAUUUCACAAAAUUACAAAGAAAGGCAAGCUCCUACUACAGAUCUUAAAAUGACAGACAGAGGUUUUUAUAGCAGGGUUAUUCAGAUGAGUAACAAACCGUCCCCUGCAAAAGAAACGCUCCAUGUGGAACCAAAGAAUGAACCUUAUGAUGAAAAGUCACCCAGGGAAUCUAGAAUUGGUUUUGAGAUGCUCAAUAAUGGUAUUUCAGAUGAAGAGGUGCGAAAAGAACCAAGCCUGCCCAAAGAGGAAAGUGAGGCAGAGGAAAUAAUAGAGAAGUCAGCAAUACCCAGGAGUAGAGAUCAACAAGAUUUUAUCUUUGCUCUGAAAAAACUAGAAAUUGAAGCCUCUAAACAACCUUUUCUAGAUUUUGAAGUGAAAGAUCAAGGUGAGAUACCUAAAGAAGAAAUAACACAAAAUACAGUUACUCCUGUGAAAUCCUCUAUUAAAAUUGGCUUUAAACAUUUUAGCUCAGCCAGUGAUACUAAUGAACUUGAUAUGCCUACAGAUCAGGCAGAGGAAAUAAUAGAGAAGUCGGCAGUACCCAAGAGUCGAGAUCAACAGGAUUUUAUCUUGGCUUUGAAAAAACUAGAAAUUGAAGCCUCUAAAAAACCUCUUCCAGAUUUUGAAACUGACUAUCAGGAUGGGUUGCCUAAAGAAGAAAUUACACAAAACACAGUUACUCCUGUGAAAUCGUCCUUUAAAUCUGGCUUUGAACAUUCUAGUUCAGCCAAUAAUGCGUUUGAGACACCUACAGAUCACUCUGUAAAAUUCCAACCUCAGCGUAGCUAUGCAUAUAAUAAAGAAUCUGGUACUGAAGUUCCCAGUGACAUGGAAGAAAUGAUAGAGAAGAGCAUGGUACCAAGUAAAAAAGAUAAUGAGGAUCUCAGUAUUGCCUUGAGAAAGCUGGAGCUUGAGGCCAUUGAGCAAGAGUCUGACGAAUAUGCUAGCAUCAAUCAAGGGGUUGAGUUUGAGAAGCCGGAAAGUCAACUGGCUUUACAGACCAACUCAAAGGAUCAAUCUGAUAUAAAUUAUCCAUACCUAAGUAAUGAUGGGAAAAGCGUGGAUGACCUGGAGCAACCACCAGACCUGGAGCAACCACCAAAAGUAUCCUCGUAUGGGUUAAAAUAUCCAAGUCGGCUAGACACAUUUGAUGGACAAGGAAAACUUUCAGUUUCCGAAGAACCAAUAGAAAAAAAGAGUGUUGAAUCUCAAGAAAGCAGUGUUGAUUUUCACAACCGCUUAAUGCGGUUGGAGGAACAAGCAAAGAUUCCUGAUGUCCCUGAAGAUCUGUUGGUGGAUGACACGGUUAAAGUUUCCCAGUUUCCAAACCGAGAAGUAGUAAUUUCCAAAAAGGUGUACUCAAGCAUCGAAUCGAUGCCAUCAAUUGAAAAUUUCAGUGAGAGUGGGAAGGCUAAGGAAGUUGAUUCUUCAUGGAAUAGACCUAAAGACAUUCAUGAUCCUAAAUCACAAGACUAUUCUCACCAUGAAGAGCUGGCUAAUUAUCCCCACUCUCCUGAACCCUCUGGCUCAUACGCGGGAAAUGGAAAUCUGCCAUAUAAGAAGCCAGAGGUUGGAUCUUCUGAAGUUUUAAACUCAAAGCCAGGUAUGGACGAAUCUAACCCCAUAUUGCGUGCACUGAAAAGGAGCGAAGCUAAAAUGCUCAACUCCAAAGCUGUACAGGAGGUGUCCCCCACAAGUACAAAUCAAUUAAAUUCAAGCAGUCCAACAGAAGAUAUACCAGUGAACUCCUUUCCACAAAAUGCUGAAACACUAAAACGACUGAGCCAGUCUGUGCCGGCUUUCAUUAAUGACGACAUCUGCCAUUGCACUCCUGUUCUCAUUGUAUGUAAAACUGUUGAUACUGAUGGCAGGGAUACAGACUCGGCAUCAGAAAGCAGUUUUCAGAUUGGCAGACACAAGAAAAGCCCCAGCUCUCUAACCAAUCUUAGCGGCUCCUCUGGCAUGGCGUCAAUGUCCUCUGUAAGUGGAAGUGUCAUGAGCAUCUACAGCGGGGAUUUUGGCAACGUUGACAUUAAAGGUGGCAUUGAGUUUUCAAUCGACUAUGUGGAGCAACUGAAGGAGUUCCUGAUUUACAUUUACCAGUGCAGAGAACUGGCGGUAGCCGAACCGAAGAAACAGCGUUCUGACCCAUAUGUGAAGGCCUAUUUGCUCCCAGAAAAGGCGAAGAUGGGUAAAAGAAAAACGGCUGUGAAGAAGAAGACGCUGAACCCGGUUUACAAUGAAAUACUGAGGUACAAGAUUCCCAAGCAGUCUCUUCUGGCACAAGCUCUGAACCUGUCGGUGUGGCACCAUGAUGCACUGGGCCGGAACAGCUUUUUGGGUGAAGUUAACGUGAAUUUAGGGACUUGGGACUGGAGUGACACACAGAGGAAAUGGUAUCAGCUGGAAGCACGAACCCCGGCUGCUGGUAUUGGGUUGGAGAACAGAGGAGAGAUGAAGCUCUCUUUGAAAUAUGUUCCGAUGUCAUCCUCCGGAGACAUUGCUUCAUUUGUCAUUCACAACCAGAUACUCGACCCACAACACAGACGAGCAUCGGGGUCAAAGCCGAACCUGACUGGGGAGGUCCACAUCUCGAUCAAAGAUUGUCUGCAGCUGCCUAUGCUGCGGGAGAACAAAAUUAACUCCUUUGUUAAAUGCACGGUACUUCCUGACACAAGCAGGAAAAGUCGGCAGAGAACGCGCACAGUGGAUAAGACGCCUAAUCCAUAUUUCAACCACACAAUGGUUUAUGAUGGCUUCAAGGCAGAAGACCUGAGGGAGGCUUGUGUGGAGCUCACGGUGUGGGACCAUAACAGGCUAUCAAAUCACUUUUUGGGAGGAAUAAGAAUUGGCCUGGGAACAGGAAAAAGUUACGGGACACCUGUAGACUGGAUGGACUCCACCCCUGAAGAAGCGAUAAUGUGGGAGAAGAUGAUGACCUCACCCAAUACCUGGAUUGAUGGCAUGCUGCCACUGCGAAUGUUCAAGAUGGCCAAGCUUGCAAAAUAAAUCCCAUAAUGCCGUCUACUCAUCCAUCAUUUUCUAGCACUGUAAACACUUUCUUACCUGGAAACCUCACCGGCUUCUCGUUGACGUCGGCACACGCUGUAUCUUAAGCCACAAGUUGUUUCAAGUUACGAUCUGUAGAUGUCCCAAAGACUGUGGACCUCCACUGUGUUCUGGUUACAAGGUCUACUGCUAUUGGUACAAGGCCCCAGGACCUUCUCUACAGAGAUCCUAACAUUUCCCAUAUAAAUAUCUGUCUGUCAGCAGUUGAAAAUGUACUUUGUACCCCUGAUACCUAUAGAAAAUGUCUUGGUAUGGUUUUGUUUUCUUUUGUGGAGGCCAAUUUUAAUUGCCAGCCCUUCUGUCUCGGGGGAACCAGACAACAUGGAAACGGUCUUGCUCUUUUCAGGGUUUUUUUUUUCUUACAGAAAAUGUGGCAAAAGGUGUAAAAUAUGGUAAAUAUAGAUCUCUAUAAAUAUAUUUAAUUUCUAUUGACAACAUGAUUUUUGUUUUCAUAUGUGGGUUUUAUUGGUAAGGAGCACGUUUCCUAUAUUAUCGAAUAUUCAUGUGGUUUUUUUUUUGUUUCUGUUCUUUCAAUGUUUUGGGCUAUGUAUAUGUACUUGUGGGUUUUGUACAAAACAUAAAAUGUCAAUACUGACAAAGAAAUUGCUUUUAGAAUAAAGAUGUAUAUAUGUAAUUAUCUUAAUAAAAUGAUUGAAUUUAUACUCCAA